CUUUUUUCAUUGAUCUCUCGAUUCAGCAGGUAGACAAACAUGGGUGCCUACAAGUACAUCCAGGAGCUAUGGAGGAAAAAGCAGUCGGAUGUGAUGCGAUUCCUCCUUCGUGUCCGCUGUUGGCAGUAUCGCCAGCUGUCUGCCUUGCACCGAGCUCCCCGGCCCACCAGACCAGACAAAGCUCGCAGGCUGGGAUAUAAGGCCAAGCAAGGUUAUGUUAUCUACCGUGUCCGUGUUCGCCGUGGUGGUCGUAAACGCCCAGUCCCGAAAGGUGCAACCUAUGGUAAACCUGUGCAUCAUGGUGUUAACCAGCUGAAGUUUGCCCGGAGUCUUCAGUCUGUAGCAGAGGAACGUGCUGGCCGUCACUGUGGGGCUCUGAGAGUCUUGAACUCGUAUUGGGUGGGUGAAGAUUCCACGUACAAGUUUUUUGAAGUUAUCCUGAUCGAUCCCUUCCAUAAGACCAUCAGGCGCAACCCUGAUACCCAAUGGAUCACCAAACCUGUUCACAAGCACAGAGAGAUGCGUGGGCUGACAUCAGCCGGGCGGAAGAGUCGUGGUCUUGGCAAGGGCCACAAAUUCCAUCACACCAUUGGUGGCUCACGUCGUGCUGCCUGGAGAAGACGCAAUACCCUGCAGCUGCACCGUUACCGUUAAUUCUUGUAAACGUGACGAUCUAAUAAAGCUGAUGCAGGUUGUCGGGGUCUCUGUGCUGUGCUUAGACUGAAGGCCAGCUUUGAUCUUGUGCAAUG